CUACGACUGGUCAUAAACGGAUAUAAUAUGUAUUAUAUUAUACCUCGAACAUACCCGCUCCUUUGUCGGUAAGCCGAAGGUGUUCUAUUCACUGCCACUACAAAAUCAUUUCGCUGUGUGUAGUUCUCUAAUGAAACCGAAUGCUAUUGUUUGCCUUUUCGUACGAGCACCCGUGUCAAUGGUUGUUCAAUCAAUUUUGCAUUGGUCCGGUCACGUUAGAUUUAACUUGUUUAGCCACUCCAUUCAGCCGCCGUUUAGAACAUGCCGUGUCUGCUAUUUUAAGAGAGAGACCCAUAAUUUAUGAAAAUUAACAAUCGAUUCCUCUUUCAAGCUGGUGAGUCAGUGUCACUAGAACUUCACCCGUUGCCAACACAGCACCAACUUGAAUCAACUUGCGCCAUUCCCUUCUACCAGCUAGCAGCAUCAUGGGCGAGGUGAUAGACGACCAUUUCGCAGUGUGUAGCUACGACGACAAAACACGAGCAUCCAAUCGGAACAGUAGAUCGAGGCCAAGAAGUCCGACAUCGCACAGUGAACACGGGAUUUCCAUACGACAGAGCAUUCUUAAGUAUUCAGAGGAGAAGCGGGCGAAGAAAGUCAGGUUCUACAGAAAUGGCGACAGGUUCUUCAAAGGAAUGGUGUACGCAGUAUCACCCGAACGGUUUCGGACUUUCGAAUCUCUUCUGUCGGACCUGACGCUGAGUCCGCUGUGUAACAAGGACGUUCUUCCGAAAGGCGUGCGUCACAUAUUCACGGUAGAUGGCGCCAGGAGCAUCAGCUCCUUGGAUGACCUUGUAGAAGGAGAAAGCUACGUCUGCGCUUCCACGACCCUCUUCAAGAAAAUGGAUUACUCCAACACGCCAGCUUCUCCCAACUGGAACGCCAACAUCAAGGGCCGCUCUGAAUCUCAGGAGCGAGUUUCGCCGUUGUCCAAAGAUUCCGAAGAUGACACAAAGAGCUUCAUAAGACCCAAAUUGGUGACAAUUAUCAGAAACGGCUCCAAGCCUAGGAAGGCGGUCAGAGUCUUGCUGAACAGAAAGACAGCUCAUUCGUUUGACCAGGUUAUGUCUGAUAUAACAGAUGCUAUUAAAAUGGACAGUGGUACUGUGAAGAAAAUUUACACUUUAGAUGGACAACAGGUAGCAACUCUGGCAGAUUUUUUCAAAGAGGACACAAUGUUUGUGGCGUAUGGGCAGGAGAAAGUAAAUAUGGACGACUUUGACAUCUGUGAAAAUGAAGUUCGAUUGGUUAGUGCUUACAAGAGAUCUGAGACAAAUUCCCCGCGAGUGACCUUGAAAUCACCUAAAAGUAUCAGGAAGGUGUCUUCGCAUUCUGAGAGACGUGGUUCAGGGUCUACCAGCUCACUGACUAUGUCACCGAAGUCACCGCGACGAGUGCGAUCUGGCGCGUCAUCAUCGGGCAAGGACUCCAUGACUAACGGUGUCAAUGGUAUCAAUAACCACACCUCGUCAGAUGCCGCAAAAGUGCCGACCGAAUUGUUGGAAAGAUACGACAUUGGGCGCGUUAUUGGAGAGGGCAACUUCGCCGUGGUUAAAGAAUGCCUAGAUAGAUACAACAACAGAAAGUUUUCUUUGAAGAUUAUUGACAAGAGAAAAUGCAAGGGAAAAGAACAAAUGAUCGAGAACGAAGUGUCUAUCUUGAGGAAGGUGAAGCACCCCAACAUAGUCCUACUGGUGGAGGAUUACGAGACUCCACACGAGAUGUACAUGGUCAUGGAGCUCGUAAAGGGAGGCGACCUGUUCGACGCCAUUUCGUCUGCGACCAAGUACACGGAGCGUGAUGCCAGUGGGAUGGUCUUCAACCUGGCCAACGCCCUCAAAUAUCUGCAUUCACUGCGCAUCGUGCACAGGGACGUUAAACCUGAAAACCUACUGGUUUAUGAACACUCGGAUGGCAGCAAAUCAUUAAAACUAGGAGACUUCGGUUUGGCCACGGAGAUUGCCGAGGAUGAAGUUCUGUACACCGUCUGCGGAACGCCAACCUACGUGGCCCCAGAAAUAAUAGCUGAGUCGGGAUAUGCUCUCAAGGUAGACGUCUGGUCGGCUGGUGUUAUCACGUAUAUUCUUUUGUGUGGAUUUCCUCCAUUUGCCAGUUCUAGUGACAACCAAGAUGAACUCUUUGAUAAGAUCAUGGAUGGAAAGCUAGAGUUCAAAGCACCAUUUUGGGAUGACGUUUCAGAUUCAGCAAAGGAGCUAGUAUCAAAGAUGUUAAUCGUUGACACGGACAAUAGGUUGUCAGCACUAGAAGUUGUGAACCAUCCAUGGGUUGCGGACGAUACAGCAAAGGAUGAAGAUCUUCACGACAAUGUCGCCAAAGAGCUGAGCACUCACUUUGUGAGGAAACAGCCGAAUACAGUCAACACUGCCGGGAUUCGAAUUAUUGCUUCAACUGCUCUGGAUAAAGGAUCUCGCUACUUCCAAGGUCGAGGCGGAGCCCCGCUUUCCCUCCACCCUCGGGGAUCAGUAGAGGCUGAAGACGAGGAUGAAGAGUUCUAAACAAGAGCAUACAACAAGGGCAGACAAUCAACAAGCAGAACCGUUGACUUUUAAAAAAAAACCCAUGUCCGAUGUUCAUCCACAGGCGUUGCCAGAGACUGGACAUGGGGUGAACGUGCAUGAACCUCUUUUGGAUAUAGGCACGUAAAUAAAGUAACAGUAACAGUUAAAAAAAAAAUAUAUAUAUAUCGUUCACUGCUACUAGUUGUGCGUGUGGGGGCGUUAAAGGAGAAAGAGCAUGUCACUUCUCAGAAAAAAAAUUACGAGUUUGACAAAAAGAUACCAAAGACAUUUAUAUACUUGCCUCAUCGUGGUAACGUUUUUUAGGAUCUGUACCCUGAUUCAUGCAUCACUUCAGCUCGAUUUAGCCUACCACACAUUGCUUUGUCUUGUAAGCAUGCACUUCGUUUCGUUUCAUUUCCAAUCCAGCAUAGUUGUCACAAUUCAAAUUAUGUGUCUUCCUGUUUUGGUUACUCAUGUGAGCACAUUGCCGUGUCAAUCAUUACAGUUUUCACUCUUUCUGCUUUUAAAAGAUCAAAGACGGACCUAAGGGGGGAGACUGGGAACCCAUCCCACCUAAAAAUAUUCAAGUGCCCUUUUUUCCCUCUUUAUUUUUCUUCAAAGGGAUGCCCUUGUGACGAGAUGGUCCGUGUGCCGUUUCCCGUCAGUCUCCCCUGCAAAAUAGUUCUUAGAUCCGCCCCUGAUGAUUGUACAGCAUGCGCGUGGUUGACAUUUCAAAGUCAUGUUUCUACAUUAGAAACUUGACCUCUUUAAAGCAGCCCAAUCAUAAUUACAGUUCAUGCUUUAAAAAUGGAUGUUUCCAUAUUUGUACUAUACAACAUAAGCGCACGACAAAAUCCUUGAAUUCGGGCAAAAACGAUAGAGAUAUCCGGUAAAAAUGAGCUGGCCUGAAACCUUUUUAACAUGUAUUUCCAUCAUUCUACCCACAAUAUUUGAUGUAGUCCAUAUAAAAGUGCGUAGUGAUUCAUUUGCAACGCUAUAUAGCUGUUUAACAGUAAUGCGAAUAUCAAUAAAUGUUGUUAACCAGAUUCGGGCAAAAAGCAUCCCCCUUACAAAAAUGGAAGUGCGUACACCUAUGCUAAAAUAAAAAGCCAUAAAUGAAUACAAUCUGUUUCAUUUUCAGCUUGCAUCCUUAGAGGUUUCUCCAUCUAAAUAUUUUAUAUAAUAUUUCUGUCAAAUACUUAGUUUUUUGCUUGAAAUAUUAUAAUUUAUUCUAUGCACAUCCAUGUGCCCUUUCAGACUGCCGUUGUUUAUUUAAGCCAUACGAAGUUGUGCUUUUUGAGCUUAUACUGGCGCUCGCUAUAUAUAGUGGGAACCUUAUAUCGUGGUCAAGCCAAGCUCUCCUAUAGUCAAAACACCUUACGACUGUCAUAACGUACAGACUCUUGUCUUGUGUAGAGAAUGAAUAUACCAAUGGCAGAUUCUUAAUCGUUGUGAAUCGCUAUUAUAAACUCUCUUUUUUAUUUUCUAUAUGUAUUAUAGGAGAGUACAUUAACACAUUUCAAAAUUAUUAUAAAACAUUAUUUUUGACGACGCAGUCGUUUAUCCCUUUAAUGUUUUACCAAAGGGGAGCUAUCACUCUCCUUAGAUUAGUUCAAGGAGAGUAUUUUUGUUUUACUUUCCCUUAGCAUGUGAAUUUAUAUGAUAUCAAUAUGGCAAUAUCGUAUAUGGCUCAAGGGGACGGGUUUUUUUUUCAAAAUCUUGAUUAGCGAUAUUUCUAGUGAAUUAAAAAUUGAGUAGCAACUACUGUUUAAUGUUUUUUUAAAUUGUGUAGCGAUAUCUAAAACUUGCUUAGCUAAUUGUGACGCGAUACCGAACAAAAUGUUCCCUGGGCUCCCCAUAAUCUAAAUUAGGGGAACAAUUAAUCACUCCCCUCAAUUGUUGUUGUCUUUUCAUGGUGAGAUCUGAUGGAGCUGGUGCCACCUUUGGCAGUACGGUACAAUAAAAGACUUCACAAGUAGAAAGCUCGUUGCUUCUAAAUGGCUAACUGCUUUUGUAUGCGAUCUCCAGAUUACAGUUAAAAUAAAAGUAAUUUUGAAACCUUGUUCUAAAUACAUGUACAUAUUUACGAUUGGAGCUUUAAUAACUAAUUAUAGCUAAAAGAAAGUAGUUGUUUUUCCGUGGGGCAGAUUGACACAAAGUGUUAGCAAUGAAUAUCUUUCGUAUCUCUUUCAAAUAUAUGACUACGUAACCAUAGCAAGUGAUUUUGUGUUCAUCAUUUGUUGGAUUACUAUCAAAAUGACAGUAUUGAUGACAUUACCAAAGUUUACGUGAUCUUUUGUUUCUGCCUUUUGCUAUGUACGUAGAUACAUUAGCAGCUUAUUCUGCGAGUACGCCUGAUCAUGCAAGCCUUAUCCAUGUGUUACGCGUUGUUAUGUCUUCUAUUAAAUGUAUUUUGUUCCA